CUGAAGCGCAGUAGUGUACAGCAGCAGUGUUAGGGCUAUAUCAUUAUGAAUAGGGGACUGCAGGUCGUUGUUUGUAUAGUAGCUAUAGGCAUCACGCAUGCCAGGCCUGGCGUGCUGAGCGGUGUGGCCUACACAGCCCCUGCUGCAGUGGUGCCAGGUCCGGUGUCCAUAUCCAGCCAGUACCACGCGCAAGACGCCCUCGGACAGUAUAGUUACGGCUACUCCGGUGGGCCCAGCGCUAAAGCGGAGACCAAAACAGCGGACGGCGUUACUCGCGGAAGCUACUCCUAUAUCGACUCAUACGGCAUAGUACAGAGCGCCAAUUACGUGUCUGACCCCAUUAAUGGGUUCCGAGUUGCGGCUACUAACCUUCCUGUACAUGUCCCCACCCCCGUCCUCGACACCCCCGAGGUCGCUUCAGCUAAAGCUGCACAUGCUGUAGCACAAAAAGAAGCUGCCGCCGCUGCAGCUGCCGCCCCCGAUGUGUCUGAAGCGGUUGUUGUUGCCGCCCCUGCAGUUCCUGCCACCCCUGCAGCUCUUGCCGCGCCUGCAGUUCCCGCCGCCCCUGCAGUGAUUGCUAGUCACUCAUACACAGCUCCUGGUAUUGUGGUCAGUGCGAACACAGCUGGAGGCUUCGCAUAUUCCACCCAUUCCGUGGGACCUAUCUACGCUCCUGCCUUCUAUUCAGCCGUGGUACCCGCUGCCACCCCCAUUCUUGUGAGUGGAGUUCCUGCAGACACUCCCGAAGUGGCGGCAGCUAAAGCUGCGCACUUCGCUGCGCACAUUGAAGAAAAGCAGCGACUCCUUGGUUAAGAUGAUUUUUUAUCUUUGAUCUACACUAGUCUGAUUCCUGACACACACUACAGGCUCGUUGGCUUGUACAGCUAGUGUACAGAGGAUAUUCUUCGCACUUCUAACCCUCACUUUAGUAGACAUACAGAGUGAUUCCAAAUUAUUGUCAGGGAUUUCUGUCGCCUAUAAUUUUUAAAUUUCACGUGCAAAUAAAGGCGAGCAUAUGGAAGUUUUUAGCAUUCUUCAGCAUUGAUUAUAUAAACAAUAAAUAUUUUGAGUUAUAUUUUCAUAUUCAAUAAGUAGUUUUUAUUUUAUUUUCCCGAUUUGAAAAUUAUGGGCUACGAAAACCCCGACAAUAGUUUAGAAUCGCUCUGUACACCGGAAGUUGUUUCCUAACAUUGAACGUCUAGCCUGAACACUGUGAUAUAAUUGACAUCAUUCUACCUUUAUGCUGUUGUACAAAGAAUUUAUAUGAAAUGGU